AUGGCUGGUGUCGAAGAGUUGAAUCCGCAACUGGAACCACGACGGGCAUGCCACGAAUGUAACCGAAAGAAGACAAAAUGUGACAUGAGGCGGCCAGCAUGUGGUCUCUGUCUGAGGACGGGCAAUGCCUGCAACUUUCCCUCGAAGAGAAAGAAGCCGGUUCCUCGAAAACCUCUGAUGAAAGCUCAGACCCGAAAGAUUACCGAAAGCUUGUCCAAAUUGUUGGCAGUCUUAGAAAAGGCGUCACGAUCAGACGGGGAAAGUGAGGUCUCGCAAAACACCCCGGAGGUCUCUUCGGCAUUGGUCAAAGACUCUCUCAAGGACCUUCUCGUCGAAAUCAAAUCGCCGGAGGAACGAUCGAGCUUGCCAAAGGCAGCCACCUCUGGGAGCGCCGAAGGAGAUGAUGACGACAUUGAAGACGAGAGCAUCGGGACUGAUGAGGCUGACCUGUCCCAGACAGACCCUGAUACCUCAAAAGCAGAAUCGGUGGUCUCAAGCACGACCCCUGACACCGGAAAUGGACUCUCAUCUUCACUGGCCGCGGAUCUAGUCAAUCUGUUCUUCGAAAAGGUCCAGCCGUGGCUCCCACUCUUGCACCGGCCACGAUUCCAAGCACGCUAUAAAAGUAAAUUCCUUGUAGGCGGGGAUUUCAUGAAAGGCCUCUCCCAGGACGAACGACUCCUAUUCUACAGCAUGUUUGCCAUGUCGGCCCGAUUUACGAAACAUCAUCGAUUCGAUGCUAUCCUUCCUGAAAACCGAGGACAGAUGUUCGCGGAGCGAGCCAAAGAUGUCUACAUCCACAGUCGUAAUCUGAGGACUCCCUCGCUCAUGUAUCUGCAAGGCUGCAUCCUCCUUGCGUUCUACUUCUACACCUCCGGGCCAACCCACCAGGGAUGGCUGCUGAUUGGAGUGUGCGUCCGGAUGGCAUACGACCUUGGCUUAUUCGAGAUCGACGACGAGGAUUCGACACCAGUACGUCCUGUCGAUCACGUGGAGAAAGAGGAACUCAGAAGAGCCUGGUGGUUGGUAUGGGAGCUGGACGCUUUUGCUUCAACGGUCUCCCGAAAACCUUACGCGAUCGAUCGCAAGAGAAUGUCGGUAACGCUGCCAAUCUCGGAUGAAGCCUGGUUUUCCGAGAUCGAUGUGCCGUCUGCAGAGCUCAACUUCCUUCCAGGCCAAUCUUGGAGAUCUCUCCACGGCUGUCCAAAUCAAGACGAACGGGCGUGGUUCCUAGUAGCAAACAGUUUCAUGGCAACUAUCCAUGACAGGCUGCAGCAAAAGCAAGAGAUCACCCCAGACGAGAAGUUGACGUUGGAGAAUGAAGUCUGUUGUUUCAAGCUGGCACUGCCUCGUUCACUCCGGUUGGAUGCCGACACGUUAACGUUCAAUUCACUAUCCUUCUCGAGGUGCAAUUGGGUCAUCGGUACCCAUCUCAUGCUCAUGACUACAUCUUUUAUGGUUGCCGGCAUUAUGACCAGCGACAACGAUGACCGAAGCACCGCAGGUGCCAUGUCGCCUCUGCGCCAACGCGCAAUUGAUUUGUCACGAAUUAUCAGUCUCUGGGACGCCAGAUAUAUUGUAGUCGCCCACCCUUUCCUGGCAUGUAUGAUGCUGUCCCCCUACGCGAUAGAUGACAGUGCCUGUAAAUCACAAACAUUGGUCUCCUCGACACAUGACCUGGCGAAAUUGGUAAUCGGGCACUUUGGAGAACGAUGGAAGCUUGGCUCUGUCGUCCUAGAAAUUGCCAAGAUGCUCGAGCAAGGGGGACCACGCAACGACGAGGAAAAGCAGUUCGUCAAACAAUAUGCGGUAUUCUUCCGCAUCCCUCGACUCCGUGGCAAUACCCCGGCAUUCCUCCAGUCCGACCGUGGCCAGUCCGACAAGCCGGCCUCGAUCGUCGGCGAUGAGAUGGUGCAAGGGGGCAACCCUGAAAUCCAGCAGCAACGACUCCAAGCUCUGCCACCUUGCUCCUCCAUCGAUAUGUCCAACCAGCCGGAUACACCACAGUAUGAAGCCUCAAUGUUUGACCCGCAGAACUUUCCACAACUACCAGCCAAUGCUUACGAUCCAAUCAACGAGGUGGACCUGGGCUUUUCCGAUUUUUUCGGUGGCUUGCAGGAUACAGAUCUUGCCUGGCUGAAGUGA